AUGGAGUUCGUGAAGUGCUUGGGGCACCCCGAGGAGUUCUACAACCUUCUGCGCUUCCAGAUGGGGGGCCGGCGGAAGGUGAUACCCAAAAUGGACCAGGAUUCGCUCAGCAGCAGCUUGAAAACUUGCUACAAGUACCUGAAUCAGACCAGUCGCAGUUUCGCAGCUGUUAUCCAGGCGCUGGAUGGGGAAAUGCGCCAUGCAGUAUGCAUAUUUUAUCUGGUUCUCCGAGCUUUGGACACGCUGGAAGAUGACAUGACUAUCAGUAUAGAAAGAAAAGUGCCACUGCUACACAACUUCCACUCAUACCUUUAUGAGCCUGACUGGCGGUUCACCGAGAGCCAGGAAAAGGACCGACAAGUCCUGGAGGACUUUCCAACGAUCUCCCUGGAGUUUCGAAAUCUGGCUGAGAAAUAUCAAACAGUGAUUGUCGACGUUUGCCAGAAGAUGGGCUUUGGGAUGGCGGAGUUUCUGGAUAAGCGCGUGACGUCUGAACGGGAGUGGGACAAGUACUGUCACUGUGUUGCUGGGCUGGUGGGAAUUGGCCUUUCCCGUCUCUUCUCGGCCUCAGAGUUAGAAGACCCCUUAAUUGGCGAAGACACAGAGCGAGCCAACUCUAUGGGCCUUUUCCUGCAGAAAACAAACAUCAUCCGUGAUUAUCUGGAAGACCAGCGAGAAGGAAGAGAGUUUUGGCCUCAAGAGACUUGGAGCAAGUAUGUGAAGAAGCUGGGUGACUUUGCUAAGCCAGAGAACAUCGACUUGGCUGUGCAGUGUCUGAACGAACUCAUCACCAACACACUGCACCACAUCCCUGACGUCAUCACCUACCUGUCCCGCCUUAGGAACCAGAGUAUAUUUAACUUCUGUGCUAUUCCACAGGUCAUGGCCAUUGCUACUCUGGCUGCCUGUUACAAUAAUCAGCAGGUGUUCAAGGGGGUAGUGAAGAUUCGCAAAGGGCAGGCGGUCACCCUGAUGAUGGAUGCCACCAACAUGCCAGCCGUGAAAGCCAUCAUACAGCAGUACAUGGAGGAGAUUUAUCACAGAAUUCCCAACUCUGACCCCUGUUCCACUAAAACUCGGCAGAUCAUCUCCACCAUCAGGACACAGAAUCUCCCCAACUGUCAGCUGGUCUCACGGAGCCACUACUCACCCAUCUACCUGUCAUUCGUCAUGCUCCUGGCGGCCCUGAGCUGGCAGUACCUGAGCACCAUGUCCCAGGUCACGGAGGACUAUGUUCAGACCGGGGAGCACUGA